UGCACCCUGACCCCAACCCAAGUGCAAGAAGGAGCUCAACAUGCUCCGGUUGGGAUGAGCGGGUCUUGAGUGUGCUGCAGGUGACGGGCAGGCUGCUGCCUGUGCAGCCUUAUCUCUGCUGGGAGUUAAUGUGUAACCCGCCUGUGUUUGGUUAGCGCAGAAAAGCAAAGACGUCCUGGGAUAGACGCAGGCAGGACGAGGAUUUGGGCACCGGGGGACGUCGGAUAUCCUGCCCUGCUGUCCCAGCCCACACUGCAGCCCGUGACAUGCCUGGGAAAGACCUGGGGCUGGGUAUGGCUGCCUGCAACUCAGACAGCUGUGACAGCAUGGUCAGCACAGCCUCCAACCACUCACAACGGAGCGAUAACAGCUAUGACUACUUAUCUGUGGAAGAGAAGGAGUGCUUGAUGUUCUUAGAAGAAACCAUCGGCUCGCUGGAUGCAGAAGCAGAUAGUGGAGUUUCCACUGAUGAGACUGACUAUGCAGAAGCCACCCGGCUGCCCAGGGCAAGGCUGAAGAAAGACUCUGCUCCUCAAGAUUUGGAGAAGAGGGCUCCUCCUGGAAGCACAGCUCAGCAGCAUGCAGCCAACCAGAAAGGCACUGAGGGCUCCUCUGGCUUCCCAAGCUCAUCUCCAGCAAUGGCACCAAGCCCAGGCUACCACAGCCUUCCGAGGAACAUCAGUGCAUCAAAUGCACAAAGAGCAAACAGAGCUGAUGGCAAAUCAGAUGCACACACUGUGCAGGACCCUGUGCCACCGGGUAAAUCUCCACAGGAGAUGGGCAAGGAGGGCAGGCUUGGCCAAGCUAACGUGAGAAGAGAGGUGAGAUCCAUGAUCAUCCCACCUCCAGCUCCCUUCCAGGACAACCAGGAGAGCCAUGCAGAGCAGCCAAGAAGCAACAGCUCAGAUGCCUGGAAAGAAAAUGCAGAGGAGAGCUGGACACGGCCCCGUCCAGCCCUGGGGAUGGUGGCUGUCCCCAGUCCUACACCACUGCCACACCGAGAGAUGGGCCAGGAGAGCUCAGCACUUCCUCGGGGCCAACCGGAUCACCCAGCGGCACAGGAGGUCCCACAGGACCCUGACACCAAACGUGGGCCUCCCACAGCCCCCAAACCACGCAAACUGCCACCAAACAUUAUCCUGAGAACCAGCAAAGCCAGCCCAGUUCCUCUUGUUGCAGAGCCCGGCCAGAAGGUGAAGGUACCACCGCCAUCACCUGCAGGCUCUGCUGGAGACACUGCUGCAGAAAAGCAGAAUUCAGGGCAGCUUGACCCCAAGGAGAGGGAAAAGGCCCGGAGGGAGGCACUGGAGAAGCUGGGGCUGCCACAAGACCUGCAUGAGCCUUGCACCCAGCCCAGCCCUGUGCCACCUCCCUGCGACCGGGGGCAGGCAGCACCGAGCACAGCCCCAGCAGGACGGGCCAUGAACUUCAAAUCCAACACCCUAGAGCGCUCCGGUGUGGGGCUGGGCAGCUGCAUGGCCAAGGAACCAAGUGUCAAGGGCAGCGGGUCACUGGGCAAAAUGUCCUUCAUUGAGAGGCUGGCACCCAGCUUCCUCCGCAGCAGCAGACCGCGGCCAGCAUCCCUUGGAGCAGGGAAGGACUUUGCUGCACUGAAAGAGCCCACCGAGGUGGAGAAGAGCAGCAAGAGAAGGUCGAACCCACUGCCCAGCUUCCCCCGGCCGCCCCGCUCCUGUGUCAGCGUGAAGAUUUCCCCUAAGGGUUCAACAGAGGAACACCGGCGUGAGGCCCUGCGGAAGCUUGGUCUGCUGAAGGAAUAGUGCUGGGUGAGCACGAGGAGCACAGCCUGCAUCCCUGUGUGGCUCUGCUGGAUGAGCAGCUGCUGCUGGGACAGCUUAGGGGGCAGACACAGAGCCUGAUGCUCCUGGAGUCGCUCGGUGACUAAUAAAGCAAUGCCACUUGUAUAGGA